CCUCCCUCCUCCUCCUCCUCCUCCUCCUCCUCCUCCUCUUCCUCCCCAUCCUGUGCCUCCGUAGAGCAGCACAGUCCACUCCAAAACAGGCCUUUAGCAUCCUCGUACACUAUCAGCAGCCCGUGUCCUGCUAACAAGACAGGGCACAAGGGACACACGAAUGUCCCCUCUGUUGACUCGAUUCAGUCCCCCAUUGCCACGGCGACGGCGUUAACCAGUCACAACGUAGGGACAGCUACUGCACCUGAGCCCAUCGUCAUGGAGACCGAGGAGGAGGAGGAGGAAGAAGAGGAGGAGAAGCGAGGAGGACCAAAGUGCACCACAGCCCCUUCUGCUUCUGCCAAGGGGUCCCCAACUCUUUCCUCUCCACCUCCACUCCUCCCAGCGCCAGCCAAGACCUCCAUGUCCACUUUACCACCACCAACCUCCACCAGAUCCUUCCCUUUGUCUUUAUCAUCCUCUCCUCUUCCUCCACACAUUCCAGUCAUCAGCCUCGGUCACAGCAAACCCCCUCUCCCGCUCCCUAAUACCCCUUUGACUGCCCUCCACCCAAUUCCCAGUCUCCUACAUGGGCCCCAUGGGGACCUUCGCCGCAGUCAGCUGGCCUGUUUGCCUGUGGCCAGCCCUGGAGCUUCUGGGGGCCAUUCAGCUCCCUCCCCAGGACCCCUGUUGCCUCAGCAGUACCUGUCUGCACACCCCUUCUUCACCAGUUCUUACCUGGGUCCUUCAGGAGGAAACUAUGGUGUCAUCAACAGCAGCCGGAUCAAGAGAAGACCCUCAUCGCACUUUGAGAUGGAGAUCAAUGAUUGCCCUGCACACUCAGACAGUGAUUAUGUGUGUCUAACAGGCCCUCCUCAGAAACUCGCUCGCCGUGUCUUCACCAACAGCCGCGAGCGCUGGCGACAGCAGAACGUAAACGGGGCUUUCUCUGAGCUGAGAAAACUCAUUCCCACACACCCACCAGACAAGAAGCUCAGCAAGAAUGAAAUCCUCCGUCUGGCUGUAAAGUACAUCAACUUCUUGGUCACUCUGCUCAAUGACCAGGCACAGGACAAGAACAAGGACUCAGCUGAGGACGAGCGCAGCACCACUGGGUUGGACAGUAAUAAACAGAACCGUAUUUUUCAGUGCAACACUCCUUCUCCGUCCCACGCCACCCCGCCAUCCUCAGCACGUCCCACCACAGUCCACAGAAACUCAACUGACUCAGUCAUUGCUCUGGCUGACUCCCCAGCAACAUCCAGUUGCUAUGGUGACACAGACAGUGAGGAAAGCUUUGGGGCUAAGACCUCUUUGGUGACACAGGGCAUUCUGGGGAAGGUCAAAGGUCAGAUACGGAUGGUGGCAGCCACAAAUGAUGAGCGGUGACACCAAAAGAUGACAAACAAAGAGGUGUAAAUGUCACACUGACAAGACAGGACACAAUCACUGCCAGAUUCCAAAAAGGGUUUGUGGAGCCAGUAUGAUUCUCAUUUCAACUCCCAAGUAGUGAAAUGGAAUUUUGGAGAAUUUUUGUAGUUUUAACUAUCUCUGUCUUUUGCAGUGAUGUG